AAGUUUCUGAGUCGAACCAUGGGAAGCUAAGCUGUGCAUCGUGACUGUCAUGGGAACUUAAUCAUGAUUAAGGUGUACUACGAUACAAUUCUGUCAUGGCAGGACGUUUGGGCACCGCGUAUAAACUGGAAUACACAGGCUCUGUGGUGGACUGUCUGAAGGCAGGGCUUCGUCCAGUGCAGUGUGUGGAAAGGUUUACUGUGUGCCCGGGUGAGUUGGGAGAGGAUGUGGUGCCGAGCUCUAACCCUGCGUCCCCGAGGUGUGUGGAAUGGCAGGAAGCUCUCAGUAUCCUGAACGGAGGAGAAAGAGCAGCCGAGCAGGACGAGUGGACAGAGACCUUCACCGAGGUUGAUGUACGCUCGGUGUUCUUCAGUGAGCAAGAUCUGUUCCUUCCUGAGGAGGUGUUAAUCAGUGAUAUCAAACUGACCAGUCAUCUCCCGUCUCUCACCAAAUUACUGCAGAGGUUAAAACCUUAUCCUGUGUCAGAUCUACUGGAUCUCCACCAAACCGGAUCACUGCUUUCUGAACACGUCAUGAUUGGGGAGUUCUCUCUGUGCUCUGUACCGGCUAGCUUCUCAGCUCCUUUAGCUUCUCAGUGGGACAGAGAAGAGUUUGGGAAAGAGAACAUUCUGGAUGCAGAGGAUCUCAUGCUGCCAGAUUUCGUCGAAACCGAUGAGCAAGAGCUCAUCUCUCAUCGUCUCAUCCAGGUGCGAGAAGCUCUGAACCUGACUGCAGAGGCAGUUGAAGAACACUGGUCUGUAUCAGACACUCUGAGGGCAGGCACGCUAGCUUCAUCAACCUGGGAGACUUUCAGUGCUCCUGCCACUCACAUCACUGACUCCGCCCCUGAAAGGCCAAUCUCUCCAUUUCCUUUCAGGUCCUAUGUGGAACUGGAGUUAGAUCUGAUUCUGUCUCCUCCUCCUCCUCCUUCUCCUCCUCCUUAUUGGAAGCUCGAGGCUGAGCUGUUUCGGUCCACCAAUCAGCUCUCAGUAGAGACGCUGUCACCUGUCGACAGAACGUAACACACCCCAACGUCGUCUUUGUUCUCAUGAACAUUUUAAAACCUUGUGGUUGUGUAAAGCUUCGUAUGUGUAUGUAUAUAUAUAUCCCCUACGAUGUGAUGUAUUGACAGGCGUUUGCUGUCGGACGGCGAGCGCGAGGUCCUGGAGAAAGACAUCUGGGCGGAAGAGAAACAUCCUGAGUGUGUAGCCAGGCUUCUGCUUGCAGGUAACAUGCCGCACUUCACAUUACAGCAGCGUAGUUCAGUAGUUCUAAUGUGAAUCAGUAUUCAUUUAUAUAAUCCAUCACUGAAGGCAGGUAUUUGGCAUGUCGUUCGUUGCAGAGCCGGAGAUACCUGCACCUCUGGUGAGGCGUCACUCCCUAACUGAGCUGCUCUCCUCGCUGCAGGCUGAGCCGGAACAUGACCACAUGGACAGAUCCCGCUCCACUUCACUACUACCACCACUGAUGACCCCUGACCCCGUCCUCACACAGGCACUGACUGUAGAAACACACACCGCUGUGAACACACACA